AUGUUGUCGCUUGUUUAUCCCCUUGGUGUUGACCGGGUUGAUGUGACUAUUAUUGAAAUGGGCAUUUCAAAUGAAAAACAUGGAGUUAAAGAAUCAAGGGACGCUAGUGGAUCCAACAUUACUAAUGAUGAAAUGGAUUUACUCCCCAUGUUUUGUCAACAUGAAGAAAGGACUUUGUUGUCUUGUGGAUGGGUGAAUGGAAUUACUCAUGUAGGUCAAAGAUUUAUUGGAGGUGCAAAGGAUUUCCGAAUUGCAUUAUGUAAAUAUGCCAUUGAGAUAGGAUUUGAGUUUGUGUAUGUGAAGAAUGAGAAGUGUCGGGUCACUGUUGUGUGUUUAAUGCGGGAGUCCAAAGCUUGUUUAUGGCGAGUACAUUCAUCUCUAGAAAGUGCUAAUAAUUUUUUCUACAUUAGGACUCUACAUGAUGAGCAUACUUGUGGAGCUGCAAUUCGUACUUCUAAAAACUCAAGGAUGAGUUCAAAUUUGAUUGCAAGUUUGAUUGUUAAUGAAGUAUGUGGGAAUCCCCAAACUCGUCCAAUUGAUGUUGUGCGUCAAUUUACAGAUCAAUACGGGCUCAUCAUUACGUACAAUCACGCUUGGUUGGGAGUUGAGAAAGCUAGGACUACUACUUUUGGAGAUUUAUCUAUGUCUUAUGAUGAGAUUCGAUGGUAUAUCGAUAUUGUGAUGAGCACAAAUCCUGGUAGCUAUUUGCGUCUUGACUAUAACCACCAAAGUGGACGGUUCAAGAGGUUUUUUGUUGCAUUUAAUGCUUCCAUUCAAGGGUUUAGGGAUUGCCGCCCUCUAUUGUUUAUCGAUGGAACUUUUCUGAAUGGGAAAUAUAAAGGCACCUUGUUAAUAGCUACAACGAAGGAUGGGGAUUAA